AUGUAUAGAUUUGUGUUCCAGAAAGCUGUCACAGUGUCAGGUGUUAGUGCGUGUCGUCAUAUUUCACGUGUUACAUCAGACAGGGUCUGGAUCAGUGAUAGGAAAGGCAAUCUUAUACUGACAAACACAAAAGGUGAAGAACUUUAUCGUGUGACAGAUAUAGGUAGUUAUUGGGGAGGACACACUGUGGACUCUAACGGUGAUCUAAUUUAUAUAGACAGUGAAUAUAACAUCAUUAAACUGUCUACAGAGAAUAAAGAAAAGAUUACGAUAAUACAGUACAACAACACGUCACCAUGGAGACCAGAGUGUGUCUACAGCUCCCCCUCCACUGGAGACCUGCUGGUCGGGAUGUCUUACUUCACUAAUUAUACAUCUAAAGGCAAGGUAGUGCGGUAUAACUCCACAGGAGAAAACAUCCAGACCAUACAGCACCACAACAACAUCACAGGUCAGGAACUGUAUAGUAAACCUCUCUACAUCACGGAGAACCGCAAUGGAGAUGUUAUUGUGUCUGACGUGGACCGUGGUGUAGUGGUGACAGAUCGUGACGGUAAUUACCGAUUCACCUACACAGGUCGUACAUCAGGAUCAGGACUAUGGCCACAUGGAGUCUGUACUGACGCGCUGUCACACAUCCUGCUGUGUGAUGAUAUCACCGGGUCAGUACAGAUGUUAGAUAGUGAGGGUCACUAUCUAUCAGAGAUACAGACAUCACUACACGGGAUAGACUCACCAUGGGGCCUGAGUUAUGAUGAUGACACACACCUACUGUGGGUAGGGGCACUCAACAACAACACAGUCAACAUAUACAGAGUGGUAGAUACAGACUCUUUGACUGGCCUUCCUCUGGAGAAUAUAAUUUGCAACAGACAUCCGAGAGGUGCAUUAUCAAAGUUCUGUAUGCAGUGUGAGGUUCCCUUGUGUGAGGAAUGUGUCAGCUCUACUGAUCACGGAAGACACGAUAUUAAAGACGUAGAGAUGAUGUUUAAUGAAAUUCACAAGAAAAAAGACCUAGAUGCAGUUUUAAAGUGCCUUCUACUUUGUCAUUCAUGCAAAAUAAAUCUGAAUGAAGGACAGUGGAAGAAAAAGUUUCAUACUGUUGCCAAAUUUUCCAAAUUUAAAAAGAUAAAAAAGGAAUCCAUUCUUGAAACUUUAGAUGAAUGCAAACCAAUUUUGCAGCAGAAAGAUUAUGAAGUCAUGUUUUCUUGCAAAUUCUUCAGACACACCAGUUUUCUUCGAUUUGCAAGAGAUCCACAGUUUGUAGAUGUUUUUCUGACUUGGGCAGAAAAAGACAACAUCGCUGAGUACUGCAGGUCAUGGCUUUAUCCAAAGAAAGAGGGGGAAGUCUUUUGCUGGUUAUCACCACAACAAACAGAACGGUUGAUAGAAAAACUUGGAGAGGAUGUUUUCAUCCACCCAACAUGGCAGGACACAUCAAUUCAUAAUGCUGCAUUUAGCAAAUGUAGGUUUUUGUUUAUUACUAAAGAUUACGAA